AUGUCUGAAUCCGGCGACACGCUGCCCCAGCGCCACUGCCCGCACCACGCCCACGGCAACCGCCGCCGCCGGAUCCUCGUCUGCGUCGCCUUCGCCGUCCUCGUCCUGCUCCUCCUCGCCGCCACGGCCGCCAUCGUCCUGCUCGCGGUCCUCCGCCCGCGGGACCCCGUCAUCGAGCUCCUCUCGGUCAACGCCACGGGGGCCGUCCCGCGCGUCACGCUGCCGGCCGUCUCCAUUCAGCUCAACGUCACCUUCCUCCUCCUCGUCCGCGUGCGGAACCCGAACCCGGUCGCGUUCCGCCACGGCGCCGCCACCACGUCGCUCCUCUACCGCGGCGCGGCCGUGGGCGACGGCGCGGUCCCGCCCGGAACCGUGCCGAGCCGCGGAGCGACCACUGUGCGGCUGAACAUGACGGUGCAGGCCGACCGGAUCGUGGCGGCCGCCGGGAUCGGGGGCCUGAUCGCGGACGUGCUCGCCGGCGAGAUGGAGUUCGAGGCGAGGACUGACGUGCCGGGCACGGUCUUGCUCCUCGGGUUCGUGAAGCGUAGAGUCCAAGCCAGGUCCCAGUGCCGCGUCGUCAUCGGCGUCGCCGACGUGAAAGUUCGGCGUCAGGAAUGCCACAACGAGGCCAAGCUGUGA